AUGUCUCGAAGUGCUAGCCUUCUGAACAGCUAUGGCAUGCACGUAAGACCAAUGCAUUCUGGACACGGCGUAUCUCUCCCUAAGAAGUCGCCCUCCGUUCCUGAUCUAAAUAGAACAUACUUGGGAGAAAACAAGAGCAAUGUGUCGAUGAUGAGCGAGCCAAAGCCUCCAAAUAGCAAACCUUCACUUGUAGAGUCUAAUUCAGUGGAAGAUGCUACAGAUUUGAGCUUCAUUGAGCUCUACGAGGAAGCCGAAGAGGAUGAGAAUGGCUCCGGAAGCACGACGCCCAUGACUGAUCCAAUUCCUGCCGCAGUCAGCUAUUCUUCUGAAUUAGAACAAACAACAAACUCAAUACUUAAAGAUCUUUCGCACUUUGAUCGUUAUGGUUUUAAGAAGCAGUCGACUUACAUUACAGAGAACGAAUACAAUUCAUGGUGGUCUGAAUACUCCCAAUAUUGCAUUAGGAGGAAAAGAAAAUGGCAAGACCUCCUGGAGAAGAGUGGCCUUUCUACGAACAAUGACUCUCCAGACAGAUUUCCUCCGAAAAGUGAAAAGCUGAAAAGGUACGUUCGAAAAGGAAUUCCUGCAGAAUGGAGGGGGAACGCCUGGUGGUACUUUGCUCGUGGACAAGAGAAACUCAACAAGAACAAGGGUUUGUAUGACAAGAUCCUGAAUAAUUUAAACAGCUCUCAAAAUGGUCAAUUGCGCGAUUCGGACGUUAUCGAAAGAGAUCUGAACAGAACAUUUCCAGACAAUAUUCAUUUUCAGAGAAAAUCCGACGAUACUGAGGAACCAUUGAUGAUUCAAUCCUUGAGGAGAGUUUUGAUUGCGUUUUCGAUCUACAAUCCCAAGAUUGGAUACUGCCAAUCGAUGAACUUUUUGGUAGGUCUGCUUUUAUUAUUCCUAGACGAGGAAAAGGCCUUUUGGAUGCUCGUAAUUAUAACUUCACGAUAUUUACCUGGUGUCCACAAUGUCAAUCUUGAGGGGGUAAACAUAGAUCAGGGUGUGCUCAUGCUGUGCAUUAAAGAAUAUUUACCAGAAUUUUGGCACAGAAUAAUGCCCAAGCAACAGGCAAGGAAUAACGAGUUUCUAUACAAGUUACCGCCUUUGACACUAUGCACGGCAAGUUGGUUUAUGAGUUGCUUUGUUGGUGUGGUUCCAAUUGAAACAACACUUCGCAUUUGGGAUUGCUUGUUUUACGAGGAAUCUCACGUUCUUUUCAAGAUCUCAUUAUCAAUCAUAAAGCUCAGUGAGCAAGAAUUAUCACGUCAUAAUCAUCACAAUACCCGCUCAAGGCCACCUAAUAAAGAUGACGAUGAUAUUGAGAUUUUUCAAAUCAUACAAACGUUUCCAAAGAAACUUCUUAAUCCUAAUGAUAUUUUUGAUCGCGUAAUUUUCAAAAGAAGAAUAUCCUUUAAUAACCUAAAUCAAGAAGAAAUUGAUCGAUGCAGAAAAUAUGUCACAUCACAGAGGCUAAAGCAUAAAAAUUAUACGGAAUUAGUUGGGGACAAGGCCGCGUCAUCUAGUAAUAGGGACUCGAAGAUGGCUAGUGAUCUUAUUAAUGACGCUUUGUCUUCCGAAGUCUACGGCUUUAAGAAAAGUCUUACUGGAGUUCAUUGGAACAAUAGCAUAAAGGAAAAAGUAAGGCAGAUCAGAAGAAGAUAG